AUGGGAAAUCAGGGGUCCGCCGCCAUUGCCAUAGCGGUUAUAGCGGUGGGCGUGCUCGCGGCAGAGCACUGCAGCUGGCGCACGGCACUGGAGGCCUGGACCAAGUCGCAGCGUGCUACGCGGUUAAUCUCCGGUCGGGAUAGCACACCGUCACGCUUGGACACGCCCAGGAGCUUGUUUGGGAUUGCGAUGCUGGCUGACCCAACCCCGUCCAGCUCACCAGGACCUCGUCCGGAGGCGAGUCCAGGAUCAAUUGCGCCGGCGCCAACCAACGGCACCAACGGCACGGCGUUUCGCGCCACCCUGCUCCCGCUCCUCCGCUCUCUCCCCUCCGCCGCCGCGCACACGGGCUUCGCCUCCCUACAUUCCGCCGCCCGCGGGGAGCGCGUUUUCGCGCGGGGGCUCUGCUUCGGCAACUCCACGGUCCCGUCCCAGUGCGCCCGGUGUCUGUCCGCCGCGGCUGGGAACCUCACCGCCGGCUGCGGUGCCACCAGCCGGCGCGCCGGCAUCUGGAGCGACCGGUGCUUCCUCUCCUACGCCGACACCAACACAUCCUCGCCUAGCGAGGACGCAUUCCGCGCGCGCGUGCGCGUCCUCCUCCCGGGCGACGACGCCGUCCCUCGAUCUGCGGCCAGCACCAAAUCCUUCUACUACGCCCACCUGCACGAUGUACUCGUCGCCAUGGCGAAGGACGUGGCGCGGCGCGCGGCCGCAAACAUCUCCAGGCCGCGGAUGCUGGCCACAGCGGAGGAGACCAACUCCGACAGCGCGGUGAGCAGAACAGUGCACGUUCUGGCGCAGUGCGGGAGGGACCGCACGGCGGCGGACUGCGUCCGGUGCUUGCAGGACUCGGUGCAGGCCGUGGACUGGGACCUCCACGCUGCUCACAGCGACGGUGGCGUGGCGGCCGCGGUGAUGGGCUUCGACUGCUACCUACGGUUCGAGGUCUCCACUGCAGUGGGUGACAACUAUGGCAGUAAUUGUGAGUUCUCUUGA